GUCGUCUAAGCCCAACAUCCACGCCCACCUGAUAACUAAAUUCUUGUUGCUUCAAACCAGCAAGAUGCCUCGAAAGUGGAUCGACAAAAAGUCUGCUCAGCACUUUACGCUGGUGCACCGACCGCAAAAUGAUCCUCUCAUCCACGACGAAAAUGCACCUGCAAUGGUGCUCAACCCUACCCAGACCAAGAAGGGAUCAUCCAAAUCGAAGGAUCUCGAUGAUCUGGCUUCUGAACUAGGUUAUGAGGCCGAAGAUGUCCGCGCGAACGAGGGCGAGGCAGCCAGUUAUGGUGUUUACUUUGAUGAUUCUGAAUACGAUUACAUGCAACAUCUGCGCGAUCUCAACACUGGUGGCGGAGAGGUUGUUUUUGUGGAGUCGACGGCUACUGCAAACAAAGGCAAAGGAAAGCAGAAACAGUCACUUGAGGAUGCACUCAAGAAGCUGGACAUUGAGCAGAACGCAGGCGAUAUUCUCGACGACGAAAUUCUUCCAUCCAAGAAUCUCACAAGGGUGACCUACGAGGCCCAACAAGAUAUUCCUGACUCUAUCAAGGGAUUUCAGCCCGAUAUGGAUCCUCGCCUUCGAGAAGUCCUUGAGGCUCUGGAAGACGAUGCAUAUGUUGACGAUGGUGACGACGAUAUUUUCAAGGAGCUUGCCAAGGACGGCCGCGAACUGGAAGAUUAUGAGUUUGACGGCGCAGAUUUUGACGAGGAUGACGGCUGGGAAUCAGAUGCGACAGCCAAGCCAAACAAAGAGUACAAGGAAGACAACAUCCCUCAACUCGUACCGACAGAGCAGCCCGAGGAGGGGCCCUCUCAAGAUUGGCUUGAAGAUUUCAAGCAAUUCAAGAAGGAGCAAAAGGGCGGCAAGGCCCCCGUUGCUCCAUCACAGUCCGAGAUGCAAUCUAAUUGGACGACAACUACUCACGGAGGCCGACGCAAGAAGAGAAAGGGAGCACUGACGGACAACUCGAGCUAUUCAAUGACCUCUUCAUCUUUAGUACGAACUGAACAGAUGACUCUCUUGGACGCGAGGUUUGACAAAAUCGAGGAGCGAUACAACGAGGAUAUGGAGGACGACAUGCAGUCCAUGUCUGCCGUUUCAACCAUGUCUACUGUUCAAGGGCCCGUUCGUGGUGACUUUGAUAACAUCAUGGAUGAUUUCCUCGGAAAUUUCACAAAACCUGGAAAGAGGACAAAUAAGAAGACUAAGGCUCAAACAGGCCUCGAGCAAUUGGAAGAGAUCCGAAAAGGGUUGGGGCCUGCUCGAAUCCGCGGCAGGAUAAAAUAACUGAAGAUUUG